AUGGACAACUCAUACACUCGGAAUCGACGACUCGCAACCUAUGGCUCUGCGGCCAAGAGUCAACCUCCAUCGAAUACCGAAAAACCUGUGCGCUCAUCUGCCUCUAGAACAACCAAAGAAAUGCCUUUGCCAAGGCCGUCGCGUCUCUCGCGGCCAUACUACACCGGGUUACAGCGCGACAAGAAUGGGGAUAAACCGUCUGGAUCGGUGGAAACGGCCAGGACUCGAGGUCUUGCGCAACCCAAACCCACUACAGAAUCUAAUGUCUAUGACUUCCCUUCUUCAGACGAUGAGCAGAUGUCCAUGGUCCAGAGAAAGCGAAGGCGAUAUAGCCCGGAUGGAAACAAGGCCGUUCUUGCGACUAGAUCGGUGAAGCCAAGCGACGCAGAGAAUGGAGAUCGCAAUGGGUCACCACAAAUGGGGAAGAGGGUGCCAGAUGUCCGGAGGCCAUUGGCCAAAAAGCUAGAAGCCGACCAGGAGACAAGCUCCGUGAGAUCGACAAAGGGUGGGAGGUCUGUGCGGAGCCAGACUAAGAUAUCUGCUCGCGAUCGUGAAAUGAGAGUGUCAACCGAUGAGAGCUUGGAGGAUGCAGAGUCCGUGCGAAAGAGCUCGCCGGAAAUCAACCAGGGCUAUGCCACUAAAGCGAACAUCACCCCUGGUCGAAAGAGACUGAUUGACUCGCUCGGGAUCACCGAAAACCCAAUUGAAACUUCCCCAGCGGUUGAAACUUCAACAGAGAGCCCCUCUGGUAGCCAGCCGUCCCCGAAUCCAAUAUCUCCCGACCGAGCUUCGCCAAGUGCUGUGAAUGAGAGUCCUGCCGAAAACCACAUUCAAGGCUCCCCGGCCUCAGUCCCAUCUCAUUUACGAGGCUCCCGGGUCACCUAUGCACGCCAGCGUUCCUUUUUGGAUGACAUGAUUACGUCAGAGGACCUUUCGACAGACAAUGCUCCUUCUGGCCCGAAAUACCGCUCUCAAUCCGUUCAACGUCAAUUGAAUUACGAAGCUACUUCCACUGCCCGUUUAAUUGUACCAAAUGAGGAUAUCAAUGAGGAUGGAUCUGUACGAAGUAUUCAUGAACUCAGACAAGCUGGGGGAAACGCUCGUUAUCGAGGCGCUGUCGAAUCCAUCUUUGAGGAUAUUGAAGAUCCGCAAAACUCGUUAACGGGUCAAUGCAAUGCCUUCCUUCAACUGUGUGGCAAGCUUCUGGAUACGGGGCUCAAGCGGCGGUUUGUCGAAUGCAAUUUUGACAAAAGACUUGUGGAUUGCCUGUCCAUGGACCUUCAGGUGGUCCCCACUAUUUUAGCUUUCUGUGCCUACGCACUGGGCUCAUCGGAUGGACACAUGUCUUAUGUUCUUGCAACUUCCGCAUGGCCUAAGCUUCUCGAUGCAUCACCUGCCUUAUUGAGCAUGCAAGACGAUAUACUAGUGGCUGUAAAAGCUCAAGCUAGACUUUCUCCGCCCUUGCAAAAGACACUCCAGAACACCAUUCCACAAAUAGCUGCUAUGCUGUUUCCUGAUACUGCUUUGUCGAAACUAUCCACCUGUACUUUGGCGUUGUAUUGCCUGAAAUCGACGAUUUCCACAAUGCAAACCAAAGGCGAGAGCCCUAGUCUUUCCACGUCUCUUCUGAAACCGUUGGUCCAAGCGCUCGUGUCCGAAAGUCAACGUUGUGUUUCGUUGAAAAAAAUAUCCCCCGAGAGCUCCCAGAUACUGUGCAUGGGCUUUUCAAUCCUGGAAGCUUCUACUGCAUUGGCUGAGUCGUUCACAAAAGAGCAUUGGGAUAUCCUAGACCCGCUCUCUGAGCUGCAUAGUCUGCUCUGUUUGGAGCCGGGCACUGUCAGCCAAAUACAACCCCUCUACAUUCGACUUAUCUUAAACAUCACCAACAGCAACCCCCUUCUCUGUGAUAGAUUUGCAAACCCGGAGAUGGUUGGGGGACUGGUCCACAUUGUCUCUGCAAACUUUGGUGAUUUGACCGAAGAUGCGCUUGGACAAGCGAAUAAUUCUCUGGACAGCGUGAUAUUGGCGCUCGGCGCACUUAUCAAUUUGACUGAACAGAGUGAAGCAUCACGGUCGAUCUUUCUUCACUCUGCCGGGUCCUCAAGGCCUUUCCUUGAUCAACUCUUGCAUUUAUUCAUGACUCACGUCGAAUCCAUCUCCACAGCUCAUUCGGUCUUGGAAGUACACCACAAUGUUGCUCUGGGAUAUUUGGCUGUCCUUUUACUAACACUCAGCUUGGAUCCCGAGACUCGGUCCAAAAUCAAGAGCUCACUCGCCCCCCACGGAUUGACAACGGUGAUAUCUACCGUUGAUGAAUUCCUGCAAUACCAUCAAAAGAUCGAACAAGAGAUCUCCACUUUUCCAACCCAGGGACAACCGGCGAGUGGAUUCCUGUCCAGAUUACAAGAACUUAUCACUCGGAUUCGACUGGCAGAGCAAUGA